AUGAGAUGUGUAAUUUGGAGCCAUUGGAUGAUUUCACACUUAGAUCAGUGCGAUAACCAGAUUGAUAAUGUGAGUCUUCCAACUGUUGACAUACCUACCAGGUGGAAUCCACAUGUUUGUUCCUAUAAAGGUCAACAUUUUUGUUUGAUGGACGACAAAGGAAUAGAGUCAUCACCAAUUCAUGAAGUUUGGUCUGAGCAAAUGGAUGAAUUAGUGGGUAAUGAAGGGACUACAGUAACUGACAUUGAUAACAAACUGUUCUUGAGGCGUGGAAGCUCAAAUAUGCUUGAAAUGCAGGAAAUGCUUAUACCUGGUGAUGUUAAUGUUCAGGAGAACACAAUGGGUUUAUAUUUAGAUGUUUUGGAUGGAAAGAACGCAGCUAGGGUUGACACGUCAGCACAUGCAUGCACGAGCCCACGAUGUGUGAAUGAUUCCGGGGUUAUGGUUGAAGAAUUAACAGUAAAAAGUUAUGACAGUGGGAACUUGAAGAUAGAUGCCUCAAGCAUGAAAGGCAAAAUGCAUAAUGCACAAAUCAAAUGGCAACAUCUGCAUCAAAGAUCUGAAGGGAAAAUAACCGGUGUUUGGGAAGAUUCAGGCUCCACUAUCUUCCCAGAACUCAUGAACAAUAACCAACAAAUCCAAAAUCAAAAUGACACAAUUGACCUUUCACGCCGUGAAGACAAACAGCCUGCUUCAACUUCAGGCAAUAUGUUGUUAUCUCCUGGUGGGAUUCGCACAAAGAUUCUUUCUCAAUCCGGGUUUUCUCAGUAUUUUGUGAAAAAUACAUUGAAGGGUAAAGGUGUCAUUUGCAAUGGCCCAGCUCGUGAUGGUCUUCUUGCUCAUAUUCGUGGUCAGAAUCAUCCAAAUGCUGGUUUGAUGGAUUCAAAGUCAGCACCUGAUUCCAUUAAAGAAGUUAAUGUUUCUCAUGUUCAUGAAAGUUUGAGUCUGAGAGAAUGGCUGAAAGCUGGUCAUAACAAGGUAGACAAAUCCAAGAGCCUUUAUGUAUUCAAACAGAUUCUUGAUCUGGUGGAUUCAUCUCAUUCUCAAGGUGUGGCUUUGCAAACCUUACGCCCAUCAUGCUUCAGGUUGAUGUCAUCAAACCAAGUUCUGUACUUGGGUUCUUCACCUCUCGUGGAAAAUAAUGGAAGUGAGAAGAGACAAUUGGAACAUGAUCUUGUUCUUGGUCCUAACCAAAGCUCAAAAAGAAGAAAGCAUGUGGAGAACCAGAAGUCUUUCAGGAGGUGGCCUCAGUUUUCAAUGCUUUCUGGUAAUGGUUUUCCUCAAGAUUCUGGAUAUGGAUUCAAUGGAGAGAGUAUCCCUACAAGAAGUAAUACACAUACAAUCCAAAGCAUGUCCAACAAUCUGCUGCGUGGGUCCCCUACAUCACAAAUGGUGACUAACUUUGGUGGUGAUCCGCUAGAAGAGCAGUGGUAUGCCAGUCCAGAGGAUCCUAAAGGGAUGUGUGCCACAUCAGCAUCAAAUGUCUACUCUCUCGGUGUUCUUCUAUUUGAGUUACUUGGUUCUUUUGAAUCUGCUAGAGCACAUGCUAUUGCAAUGAUGGAUCUUCGCCAGAGGAUCCUCCCUCCAUCUUUCCUGUCAGAGAAUCCCCAGGAAGCUGGAUUUUGUCUUUGGCUGCUUCACCCCGAACCAUCAUUACGCCCAACAACUAGAGACAUCCAACAGUCCCAGCUUGUAAGCGGGAUACAACAAUCAUCCAUAAAAGAGCUGUCAUCAUCCAUUACUCAAGAAGAUGCUGAAUCAGAUUUAAUGUUGCAUUUCCUUGCAUCCUUAAAAGAACAAAAGCAGAAAUGUGGCACAAAGUUAGUUGAUGAAAUCAGGUGCUUAGAAUCCGACAUCUCAGAGAUCAUGUCAAGACAGCCAAACAAUUCACUGUCCUUUCCAGGUCCAGCUCAGCAUAAACUACUAAAAUCUAGUUCCAGCCAUGGCGGAUCACGGUUGAUAGCCAAUAUGAAUCAUCUUGAACAUGCUUACUUUUCCGUGAGGUCCACCGUAAAGAUCCCGGACUAUGAUACGGAGGAACACGAAGUUUUAACAAGUCGGGAAAACAAUAUAAAAAAUACAGGGAUGGGGCCCAGCCCAAAAAAGAUGGAAGCAGCUGCAGACAACAAGCCUUCAGACCGAUUAGGAAUCUUUUUCAAUGGUUUGUGCAAAUAUGCUCGGUAUAGUAAGUUUGAAGUGAAGGGUAUUUUAAGGAAUGGUGAUUUCAGUAGUAUGGGAAAUGUCAUAUGCUCACUUGGGUUCGAUCGUGAUGAAGAUUAUAUUGCAACUGCUGGAGUUUCGAAGAAGAUAAAAGUUUAUGAUUUUGAAUCUCUGUUGAGCGAUUCUGUUGACAUUCAUUAUCCAGCCAUUGAAAUGUCAAACAAAUCAAAGAUUAGCUGUAUUUGUUGGAACAACUAUAUCAGAAACUAUCUUGCUUCAACAGACUAUGAUGGCGUAGUCAAGAUAUGGGACGCUGGAGCUGGUGAAGCAGUUUCUCAUCAUAUGGAGCAUGAAAGGCGGACAUGGUCUGUUGACUUUUCUCGAGCAGAUCCUAUGAAAUUAGCCAGUGGAAGUGAUGACUGUACUGUGAAGUUAUGGAGCAUUAAUGAAAAGAAGAGCUUGACGACAAUCAAAAGUGCAGCAAAUGUGUGCUCAGUCCAAUUUUCGCCUUACUCCAGUCAUUUGAUGUGUUUUGGGUCUGCUGAUUAUACAACUUACUGUUAUGAUCUGAGGAAUAUUUCAACCCCUCUGUGUACUUUGACUGGCCAUGACAGAGCUGUUAGUUUUGUGAAAUUUUUGGAUCCUGGAACCCUAAUUUCUGCAUCAACAGACAACACCUUGAAGCUUUGGGACCUUAACAAAGCAGCCAAUUCUGGUUGUUUAUCAACCACACCCACCAGUUGCAUCUUAACCUAUAAAGGCCAUACUAAUGAGAAGAAUUUUGUUGGUUUAUCUGUUGCUGAUGGAUACAUUGCAUGUGGCUCAGAAACUAAUGAGGUGUUUGCUUAUUAUAGAUCAUUGCCUAUACCUAUCACUUCCCACAAGUUUGGGUCUAUUGAUCCUAUUUCUGGAAAAGAGACUGAAAAUGAAAGCAAUCAGUUUGUUUCAAGCGUCUGUUGGAGACAAAAAUCAGAAAUGGUGGUUGCUGCAAAUUCCAGUGGAUGCCUCAAGUUCUUACAGAUGUGGUAG